AUGGUAAAAUUCGUUCAGAUGGUAAGCACAGAGUGCAUCGCGGACUAUCCAGACAAGAACCUUCCUGCGUUGUUCAUUUAUAAUAAGGGAAAUAUUGUGAAACAAAUUACCACCUUACGAGAGCUUGGAGGAAGAAAGGUAAACACGUCUAUUGUUGAAUGGGUCCUGCAAGAGGCUGGAAUCAUUGAAACAGAUCUGGAAGAAGAUCCUCGAAACUUGAUUCGUACAAAUGUGUAUAGACUUUGA